AAUCUACAAUAUUACGAAUCAUUUUUCGAAUUUCUUAUCUAAUAGCAAGUAACAUUCAAAGAUAUAUAAAAAUACCAAUGUCUGAUGAAGCAUGCUCUGAAAGCAGACGUUUAUUUAAAGAGCUUGGACGUGGUCCUGGAGCUAUAGGUCUCUCUUCAAUAGAUGGAGCAAUAGAUUGUACCCAUAUUCGGUUAACACAUACGAGAUUUCAAAAUAUUGUUGAAGUAUAUCGCAAUCGAAAAGGAUACUUUUCUUUAAAUGUUCAGGUUGUUGUACCGCGUACUGAAAUACUAGAUAUUGUUCCAGAAUGGCCAGGAAGUGAGCAUGAUAGCCGAAUGUUUCAAAACUUACGCAUAUACAUACGGUACAGAGAACGCAAAUUAAACGGAAUGCUCGUCGGUGAUGCUGGAUACCUUUUGUUGCCAUUUUUGCUUACGCCGAUUAAUAAUCCUGUUACCGAUGAAGAAAUAAGUUACAACAUAAUCCAUAAUAGGACAAGAGGAAUUGUUGAGAGGACUUUCGGCGUUUGGAAACGCAGAUUUCCGUGCUUGUCCAAAGGAUUGAGCGCAAAAUUAUUGACAUCCAUAACAAUUGUUGUAGCAUGUGCUAUUUUGUAAAAUUUAGCACUGAUUUUAAAUGAUUAUUUGGAAGAAGAAGAAGAAGAAGAAGAAGAAGAAGAAGAAAUAGAAGCUGAAAAUAUAAAUAACGAAGUUCCAGUUUUUCAACUUCACUGGCAACCUGGAGAUGGUUUAAUUAUAAGAAAUGCUUUAAUUGAACGGCUUUUUAGACAGGAACAAAAUAUAUAUGUAAGAAAAAUACUACAUCUAUAUACACGGUGGGCCAUUUUAAUCUCCCGA